AUGAAUCGAACAAUGAGUUUUGUUAUAGUACUUGUGAUUCUUGUCUCGGUUUCAAACCUUGUCGUGGCGGCUCAUGUCGGUCUUACAACUACCGACCCUUCUUGGGACGACGCACACGCUACGUUCUAUGGCGACAUUAACGGUGGAGAAACCAUGCAAGGAGCAUGUGGUUACGGCGACUUAUUCAAAGAAGGUUACGGCUUAGAGACCGCAGCACUAAGCACAGCACUAUUCAACAACGGCAAGACUUGUGGUGCAUGUUUCGAACUAAUGUGUGUGAACUCACAAUAUUGCAAACCUAACGCUGGUACAAUCAGAAUCACAGCUACUAACUUCUGCCCACCAAACUACAACGAACCUGUUCAGUACCAUUGGUGCAACCCUCCUAACAAACACUUCGACUUAUCGAUGAAAAUGUUCCUUUCGUUCGCCGAGUAUAGAGGAGGGAUAGUUCCAGUGAAGUUCAGGAGAGUAAUGUGUCAUAAGAGAGGUGGUGUGAGGUUUGAGAUUAAGGGUAAUCCUUAUUUUAUCAUGGUUUUGGUGUAUAACGUUGGUGGUGCAGGAGAUGUUACUAACGUUGAGAUUAGAGGUGAUAAGAGUAAUUGGAUUGGUAUGAGUAGGAAUUGGGGACAAAUUUGGAAUGCUGGUUCGGAUUUGGUUGGACAAAAGCUCUCGUUUGUUGUUAGGACAAGUGAUGGUAAGAGCUUGACGUUCUUUAAUGUUGCACCAGAGAAUUGGGGGUUUGGUCAAACUUAUGAAGGAACACUCAAUUUUUAGAUGUUUUCUUUAGUUAUUGUUUUAGUUUUCUAGAGUUUUGUCUUUUUUAGUUGG